AUGUCGCCUUUCUGGACGAUUGGCACGCUGCUGGGGGCGAGCAGUGUGGCGCUGGGUGCGUUUGGGGCGCAUGGGUUGAAGAGCAGGAUUAGGGAUCCGGGGGCGUUGGCGAAUUGGGGGACUGCGGCGCAGUAUCAGCUCGUCCACUCCGUCGUCCUAACAAUGACAUCCGUUGUCGCGCCGCAAAACAAAAUCGCCAUGGCCCUUUUCACCGCCGGCAUGACCAUGUUCUCUGGAAGCAUAUACCUUCUUGUGCUGGAUGCGAAGAAGUACAAGCAACUGGGGCCUGUCACGCCAAUUGGCGGCGCUUGCCUUAUCGCUGGUUGGCUGGCGCUGGCCGCGAGGGGAAAGAUGGUCAGACUACCUAGGAGCGCGUGA